GAACGUGGCGGCGCGCUACCAAGCAGCAAUCCCUUGGUAGACCUGAAGUUUGCAUAUAGCUUGCUGGUUAGCGUGAGCGUGUUGAAGAAUCGUGGAGUUAAAAAUAAUGUUUAAAUUCUGUUAUUUAAUGGCAUUUGAAGUAUUAUGAAGUGCGGUGUACCAGAACGAACCGAUCAAAUUCGGCUGCCAUAGCGAUAUCUCUCUACUGUGAUGGUGAGUGAGCCAUAACAAUCUGAGCUAACGAAGCUAACGCAGACUAACAACACUUCUCUCCAUAUGAGGCACGUUUUCAGAGUUAAUACGCCUUUAUGUAUGUUAUCUGGUAACUGAUUGUCAGUAUUCAUGCUUUACUUUCUGUUGCAGACCUGCAAACUAGGUGGCCUGUUCAGCAUUGGCGAGGACUUUGAUGAUGAGGUGACUCUCAGCACCGAACACACCUGAGUUCAAUUCUUCAUUAUCUGUCCGGUUUCUUAGGGUUGCAAAGGGGUGCAAAAUUUCCAGAAACUUUCCAUGGGAAGUUAAGCUGGGGAAUUUUGGAAAUAUUCAAAAUUAGAAACUUUCCAUGGGAAUUAUCUAGAAUUUAUGGGAAUUAACUGGAAAUGAUGGGUAAUUUAAACAAACUGUAUCAUAUCCAAACAUGAAUGUAAAUAUCUUUCCUUCAACAUUAGCUUGUGUGAAUGCUUCCACACAUCAGAUGGUGAACGUGGCAUUUUUCUGUAAAAUAAAGUAACAAAAAAGCUUGUAAAAACACUAAUGCAAUGGCAUGAACAGAAAUGGAGUUGGCUUAACAACUGCAAUGGUUUUCAAAAUAAUUUAUUGUAUGAUUUCAGAAAACCGUCUUGCAGGAGUCAGCAGAAACAUUAUCACAUUUGAGGUAGCUACCACCACCAUAAUAAGCCAGCCCCUUAGGUGGUCAAUGAAAUGAAAAAUAGCUUACAUUUAACACCUAUUUUUAUUUACAUUUUUGCAAGUUAAAUAUUGAUACUAUUAAAGAUUUAAAUAUAUUUACCCCAUAAUGUUAUCAAAACCUGACUUUAUAUAGUCCGUGGGCUCAAAUGUCUUGUGCUCUGGGCUCAAAAGUGUGGCCUCCAGGGUUGAAGAAAUCAUCUGUGCGUGUGAUGGAGGAUUGCACAGUGCAUGUAGGGGGUGUGGCCUCAAUAGCCCUGCAGUAAGCAGUGUGCUUUGUGCAUGUGAUUGAGGAGUGUACUUGCAUUAAAUCUGGUUGUUUUAGCCAAGAUUAUGCUACAGUAUGUUUUCCCCAACUACAUUUAGGUUCCCCGUUGAAUGCCAACCUUCAAUUUUGUGAAUUUCAGAUUUAUUCUUGUUAAUUCCCGUGGAAAGUUUCCAACUUUGAAGAUUCACAGAAUUUUGCAACCCUAGCCCGGCUGCUAAUGUAUCAUAACAUUAUGAUCCUCUUUCUGUUCCUCUGAUCUUAACCUGUUAAUGUGCUGAUAUAUGCAUCUGUGUGUGUGUGUGUAUGUGUCUCAGGAUCUGCUUGGGGCAGACUGGGCUGUGCCUCCAGUGUCUGGACCAGCCAAUGUGGCAGCUGCUGUCUCAUCCUGCGCUCUGCGGGCCACCUCUGUUCCUCACAGAGGGCUGGAGAAAGAUGGCUGUCAGCAGACUGGAGAGAGAUCAGCUGCUUCGUGUGACAGCUCAGCCUCCAAAAGCAGCAUGUGCACUUCUGCUGGACUAACGGUUUCCACAGGUUUGAGACAGCUCUCCUCCCUGUCUCCCUCUGUGCAGGCCCAAUCACUCCCUCCUCCCCUGCCUCCACUGAUCAAUAACUCUACGCCCAGUUUGAACACACAACACAGUCAUGGCAAUAUUGAGUUGGUGCUGAAGCCCAGCGUGGGUCAGGAUGACUUUGAUGACUGGGAUGUCGACCUGGCAGACCUGGAGGAGUUUGACAGCCAACAGGGGCCGCCACCUCAACCUCCUGCUCCAGCGAAGCAUGCCCCAGCAGUUGAUUCUUUGUCUUCUGCCAAAACCCUGAGACCCCCAGCUUGUGUGGGGAUUCAAACACCACCAAAUGUGAGCUUGAGAGCACUCAGCACUGCACAUCAGACCACUUCUUCAUUCAAGCCUCCUCUACUAGCACAACCCCAAAAUCCACAUUUGCGCCCUUCUUUUAUGUCAGCCCCUCCAUGGACUCCUGGUGCUUCCCCUGGCUUUAAUGCAAAUUUUCCAGUCCCCAGCCCCAUUUCCAGGACACUUAUCAGGCCCCAGCAGCCACAGAGACAAUGGUCAACUCCAGGACCCUCCCCUCAGGCACGUGGCCUAUUUGAAACUGUUACCCCAGCUCCCUCUGCGUCUCCCUCCUCUACUUUGCACCCUCUUCCCCUCCACACACCGGUCCUCACUAACCGCCUGGUCCAACUCGUAUCAGCGUCCAAUAAGCUUCCAAAGAAGAGGCCUCGCUCUGAACCUCAUAGACCCAGGACCAGACGCUUCCCUGGACCCGCUGGACUCCUGCCUCAGCAAGUCAGUCUCAUCCCGAAUACUCUUUUCAGCUGUCUGGUUGCAGUUUGUUCAUCUUUUUGUGUAAUAUCUCCCUUGUGUCAUAGCGCUGUUGCUGCAGCUCCUCUGGGGUUUAGUCACCAAAACGAAUGAAAUGACUGUCACAGGAAUCUAUCAGUUAUGAGCUUGUUUUUCUACCAUGGUACAGUGUAAUAAUUUAAUUCUCCUCUUCCAGCCGCAGGGCCCAAGCUUGGAUGAAAUAGUGGUCUCUGUCCCUGUGGCUCCUGCUCACAGUGCUGCCGCCCGCUUACCAAGCCAGGUAAUGAAAUCAUAGAGACAGAGAGCUGCACAAAACACAUAAAAGUAUGCUUCAUCAUUUUCUAUAAAGAAGAUAAACUGACACAAUGAUGUCAUCUAAAGGAGAUUGGAUUUAUAUAAGCAGUAUUUUUAUGAUUGAUGCACUUGAUGGAUAGUGCACUAAAUUUAUGGUAGUAAAUAGAUUUAAGAAAAAGGUGUUUCAUUAUGAUUUUUCGGCUCAAGAGUCCAAAAAGAAAAAGUUCAAGACUGACUUGUAUUUGUCCUCUCUGCGCCUUUGAACUCUAAAUGACUUCAACCAGGGAUCAAUGAGAAAAAUAGACGAUUUUUCUCUUAUUUUACCGUUCAGUACAUUGACUUAUCCUGUUUCAUUCCUGACAAAUGCAGCGAGUGGGAAAAAAUCUCCUGCUAAAAGCUGCUGCUGUCAGCUCCUCACCAAACACUCAAUAUUGCUCUCAGUCCCUCCCGUGCCACUCGUCCCUUCAGGUUUCUAAGAAUCUUUUCCUCUAAAACAAGAGAAACAUUUAUUAUCAAUGUGAACAAGUUCCCACAAAGAACAGAGGAGUGAUGGCAGCAUGACCUCAUCCUCUGCCUCUCACCCAGUGCAGGCUGGGAACCGCUUUCUGCACGCAGAAUAGGAUAAAGGAGCGGAGAAGCUGGAUCGAUGUUUGUUCACUGAAUGGAUGUUUUUCUCCACUUACUAUGACAAGAGAAUCAAUAAAUGACCAAACAUACGGAACAGGCGCAUUUCCUACGUGAAACAGUGGAGGAAUAACUCAUCAUCUUCUCGUCUGCAGCUGACAGGACUUUUGUUUAGUUUUGCCAGCAGUGGCCAUUUAGUAUUUCCAACAUGUUAAAUAGCUGUCUGAUUGUGUAACCUUAUAAAAGGAGUCACGGAAGUGAUCCAGGCUGCAUAUGUGGAAUAAAUGCUCAGAGUAACAAGUUCAACCAAGGAAUGAAUGAAACAGCUGCGUGCUGAAAGGAAGAAAAUAGGAAGAAAAACAGCUUGCAUUUUAAAAUCAAGUGUGAAGUCGUUGGAUGUCAAAUUACUGUAUUGAAAUACACUCCCCCAAAAUUCAUUUAUCUAACUGUGUUCAGCACAAAGUUAUUUAUGCGCCGAAUUUUAACAUUUCUUCAUUUUUUUCAGUUAAACAAACUGGUAUAAAACAUAUCCAUUGAUAGACAUUACCUCAUCUGUAAGCAAGAUUCCUGUCUGUGUAACCUCAGUUGAAUUUUUCAACAGCAAAGACAACAUUACCCGUGAUCCCAUGCUAGUCUUAGGUCGCUUUCAGUCUUGCCUUGUUUGGUCUGGACUUUCUGACUUUUCAGUUUGAUCCAAACCAAAAUUUCAUGUCUGAACGCUCCCCCGGACCACGGUCCAGACUUUUGUCGGACCAAACAAGUGGACCAUGAUCCCUCAAAUAAGUCUGGACUUGGUCUGGUUCAAAGUGAACCAUGGUCUGAUUCGCUUCAGGUGAGAACGUAACCAGACUUUUAAUAAGACCAAAUACAGGACGCAAACCAAAACAGCAGUGCAUCAUGGGUUGAAGACAGAUUUGUGCUACCAGCUAAGAGAAGCUACCAGCUACAUCAGACAUCAUUACUACAGUUGUUAAUGAUUCUCAUCCCAUCCCUAGGUCUACUGGCUAGAAUUCACGCUAUGUUCAAAACAUACCUCACUUGUCUUCUGUGUAAUACAUACACCGAAAACAUAUCAUAGGCACCCAUAAGGGCCCGCCUUCUCCUUCAGGAACGUGUCCUCAGAAUUAUGUCAUUCAGUCUAUGAUCAUGGCUCACACGUCUCCAUCUGUCCUGGUUGCAGCACCGUAUCAAUAUAAUAGCUGUCAAAGCCAAAGCUACACGCUGCUGCUGCUCCAUUGUUGACAGAAAAAAAAAAAUGACAGAAGGUGAUUUUCCCUCGCAAAUUUUCUGACCAAUCGCUGAACAACAUGUAGACCGCAUGAUUUACUAACAAAAAAGGUACGUUUUGACAAAUGAUGGUGUGAACUAGGACCGGACCAAAACUUAAUAGCAACAGUGUAUCAUUUCUUUCCUCUGCUCUGGACCGUGGUCUGGACUGUCAGGUGUGAAAGUGACCCAAUCCACUGUAAAACUCUAUCUUGGUUGAGAGGAAUGACAUGCUGAUCAUUGACAGCACAGUUAACACAUGUUUCUGUCGGUGUCUGAGUGGUUUGGUUUUCAUCUGUAGGGCUCCAGCUCGCAGACCGAAGAGGACGACUUCAGCGGCGGGGCCUGGGCUGCCAUGAAAGCUGAGAUGGGACUGGAUGAGAGGAACCCUUCCUGCUUCCUGCACUCAUACAGUGUUGUCAUGGUGCUCCGAAAGGUUCUUACCAACACACACUUUAAAGCUUUUGAUCCAAACUGUAAACUAAAGAGAAGCAGUCUCCUCAGUGAAACUGUAGCAGUCUUUUCUUAGGUGGAGCUUUUCAGCUUAUUAUUUCUCCUCCAUCAUAACAGACUUUGUGUCACUGCAGGAGGUCUAUUGAUGUAAUCAGGACAAAUGGUGGAGCUGUACCAGAGGUGUUUUGUAAUUAUAAACAGUAUGAUCACUCAUCAAUCACUCUAAUGGAGACUGUGCUGUUGUUCUGCUCUCCAUGUGCCUCAACCUCUGUGGGGUAUAUUGUUGUGGAUGUUCUAUCCCAUAGCUGUCCAUGAAGCAGACUUCCUUUUUAAGAUUCAGAGUCACUGGGGGGAAGCUGGUGAAGCUCAUUCAGGUUCUGCCUCCCCAAACUCCCUGCUGUACGACAAACAAAUGAACACGAAUCCAGAUCUGCUGACUGGUUGGAAAACACGUUACACCCCAGGUAGCAGAGGGAGGAUGAUCGAAACGGGUAAUACCACAUCAAACCUGGGGUGUGAUUAAAAAAAGAGGUCAGGCACACAGGUUCAAAACAAUCCUGACCACAAAAACAGCUCUCUCGUUUUUAACCCUGAACCAGAGUCCUGAGAAAAAUGCAAACUUGAUAGAACUGUCUGAAGAAGACUGAGGAGAUUUCAUGAUUGACAUAUUACCCAGAAAGCAACCUGUCACUCAGUGGCAGAAACACCCUAAAGCAUGUUCUUCCUACUUGAAAUAGUUUCAUAAUUCUACUCAGAAACAUUGUGCUCUGUUGACGAGACUUGAAACUUGCUUCUGAGACCAGAGGAAGAUUUCAAAUCAGCCAUAGAGUCCAGGUUUAGAGAAUCUUUAAUUUCAGACAAGGAUGUUGAGUUCACUUCUUUUAUCAAAUGUUGAAACAGUUUAAAAAGAUUUGUGGGACUUAAAUCAGUUCCUCUUAGUUAUGAGAAAUAGAUUUUCUCCCUUAUAAUUUAAUUAAAAAAGUGAAACUUUCCAACAUUUUAGAUUCAUCUCACACAGUAUGAAAUAUUUGGAGACUUUCUGUUUGAAUCUCAAUGAUUGCUGCUCACAGAAAUCUUCUCCCUCAAACAUGAGGUGUUUGAGGGCUUACAGGUGUCGUUUUCCUGCUGUCAGAACACCCCUGAACCAGAGACCACAUCAUAAGCAUCUCACCUGUUCUAAGAAGAAAAGAACUAUUGCUCAGGGGUCCAAAGUCCUGGUUUCAGAUGAACUUCAAUAUGGCAUCUCAUUUUAAAAUUGAGGUCCCAGAGUCUAGAAGAAGAUCAGAGAGGCACAGAGUCUAAGGUUCUUGAAGUCCAGCGUAAAGCCUCCACAGUCUGUGAUGAUUUGGAGUGCCAUCUUAUCUGCUGGUGUUGGACUGCUGAGUUUGAUCAAGUCCAGGGUCAGCACAGCCUUAAGUCUACCAGGAGAUUUUUAGAGACCUUCAUGCUUUAUCUGCUGAGAAGCUUUAUGGAGAUACAGGUUUCCUGCACCAGCAGGACCUGCACCGCCCCACAGUGCUAAAACUACCAGAGACUGUUUUGGUGACUGUGGUAUUACUGGGUCAGGUAACUCGUCUGACCUGGACCCCCAUAGAGGAUCUCUAGAGUAUAAUCAAGAGAAAGAUGAGAGACAUGAGAUUAACAAUUCAGACAAGCUGAAGGAGCUCUCAUAGAGACAGGUGCUGCGUCCGAACUGCCCGCUCGGAUACUACAUGCUACUGCUACGUGCUACUGCUAGAUCCUACUCCUACAUACUAAACACGUUUGCCCAAUUCGGACACACUAGACGAGCGGUGGGGAAAGACGACCCCCGCAGGCAGAGAGUAGGUACUGCGCCCGUGCAGACAGUGGUAACUGAAGCCCCUCAUCUGCGGGCCUGGCUGUAGUACUGCAGCUGUGCAGUUUAAUGAUGGAAUAAGUGAGCUUUACCUCCAUGAUGUCGCCACAUAUUUGCUCAUAAAAUGAUUACUUGGGCAAAUAUGACACCAUGACAUGACAAAGAGAUACAACCGCACAUUUUUUAGGACAGUGUGUGAAGUUACAUGAAACUUACAUCUGUACUGCUGCGGUCCCGCGACAUGGUGCGCGCUGUUGUGGCCAGCCGGCGUUCGCGACACAUUUAAUUAGGCAGAGCAGCUGGUGGCGCUAGCAUCACAUGCGCUUCUACAACUUUUAAGAGGACGAAGAAGAAGCCCGCGGUGCAUUUUGGGUCAGUAGCAUGCCCGUAGGAUGCACCGAGACCAACCUACAAUGUGGGCGUGUCUAGCAUCUGAAGUAGUAUCUGAAGUAGCAUGCUACUCGCUCCGGUGGCCAAUUCGGACAUGCUAGAUACUACUUCGACUACUACUUCGACUACUACUUGGCAAUUCGGACGCAGCUCUGGACUUCAUAACAGCCCAGCAGAGACACAGACUGACUGACUCCCCGCCAUGUCGCAGUGAUGCAGUAAUUCAUGCAUGAGGAGUCUUGACCAAGUACUGAGAGCAUAGAUCCUAAUUCUCCAGAGGAUUCACAUGUCUGUGUUAUGAAUCUUCUUUUUUGAGCUGUAAGCCGUAAUCAUCAAGAUUCAAACAUCCCAAGUCUGCAGAUGUUUGACUUUGGAUGUUAAAUCUGGAAUAUUUGGAAGUUUCACUUUUUUGAAUUCAACUCUUAGAAAACAUGAACCUUUUGGGACAUUGUAAUUUAUUGAGCUGCACUCGUACAGCUCUUAUUAUUAUUAUUAUUAUUAUUAUUAAUCAGACACUAUCUUGAUUGAGUGAAAUUUUUGAGACUCUAAAUGAUGAUUUUAUUUUCUUAAAAUGUUGAAUGAAUGAGAGCUGUGAUUCACACAGAUUUAAAAACUAAUGAGGGUGAACUGGGCUGGUCUCUAGGGAGUAAUAUCUCUGUAACUGAUAAUUGUUUUAGUUUGUUUCUGUUUGAAAAUUUUUUUCAGUACAGCUAAAUAAUAAACACUGUGUAAGAGUAUUAAGUCUGUGUGUAUUCAGGCUCUUUCCCUUGUUCUGUUCUUGUGUCUGCCCUUGUGCUGCUGCAGCGGCUGAAUAUCCCCUCUGGAGAUCAAUAACAGCUGACUUUAUCUGCCCUGGAGAUUAAUUGAUUAUUAGAAUGGUGUUCGGUUAAUUUUCUCACAAUCAGUCUCAAGAUUUAGUCUCUUUUUGCAGCUCUAAAAAUUGAAGUUAGCGCAGUAUGAGUGGAGAUUCUCCUGGAGGAGAAUUAUUAAUAUGUAAUGUUUGUUUUUUUCCCUCACUCUCUCAGGCUGUGCUGAAACAGCUGGCGAGAAACAAAGUGCCCAACAUGGCCGUGAUCCUGAAGAGCAUCGUCCACACACACGCUGAUGCCAAGGCUGUGUUUAAAGACCCAACAGGUGGCACACACAGACACACAAACACAACUGCACACUCUAUAUGAAGCUGAUGCUCCAGGAAACUGUACUCUGGUGGAAGAAGAGAAAGAAAGAGAGAGAGAUAAAGACGUGGUGAAGAGCGCUUUAAGCUGUUUGCUUCACAUUUGACAUUUGCUCAGUGAGAAUUCCCCGUAUCAAGCUCUGUGCGGUACAAGAGCAGAGUUCAUCUGCCGUAACAUGCUUGAUUACACCCACAAUAACACACACACAUAGACAGUACAUACUCCUCUGCAAUUGAUCUCCCCUACAGCCUCUUUCAUUCCCUCCCUCACCCUCUCCAGACCUCAAGUCUGUUUUUACCUCUGAUCCACCACUGAGCUGAGCUGGUUGCCAUGGCCCCCAGAGAGCCGCCACACGAGGUCUGCUGAUUAUUAACACUUAGGAGUGGAUGUCGUACUCAACACCAGACUUAAGUGCUUAUUAGUGAUUCAAUUGCAGUAGAUUGGCAUCAGCAGUGGGUGGGUAUUAAGUGCUUCUGACUCCACAAGGGAGCUUUCUGUCAGUAAUGUGCCUCCCACCUGCAGGAGGGCUCACAGCUUUUCCUUCUGAAGAGUCAGCAGGCCUCGGCGUCCACGUAUACACUCGGUCUGAUUAUUACCAAAUUCAGCUUGAGUCAUUCAUCAACAAAAACAAGAAAUGUUUUCUGCUCCAUGCUUCUUACAAGUAACAAUGCAGUAUUGCAGUUUUUAAAGUUUUGAGGGGUAGAUGGGCUGAAAAAUUCAAAUUAAAGAUGUUGCCUUUGGUAUCAGGAAAGUUGGUGAUGCUUUUACAAACUUGUGGUUCUGCUGCAUUGAUUUUAAUCUAAUAUUAAAACAGCAUUUGCCCUGCAACUCUAUGCUGCACUUUUUCUGCAAGAGAAGUCUGACAAGAUCUUAAUCUAAGUGUCUUACACAGAGCAUUUCAAUUAUAAAGUUUUACAAAUGUGCACCUCCAUACUGUACUGCUGUUAUAUUAAAUUAUGAUAGUUGCACAGAAGGUUGUGCUCAGUUUUUGCUAGGGCUGUAAUCAACAAAAGAAAAUCUUAGUCAACUAAAACCCUGAAAGGGGGGGUGCUCUGAAAACACCCCCAUUAGCACUUGGUACGUUCCUCCUGAUGCAAGUAACCAUAGACUGUAAAUUGACACGGAAAAAAAUCGAGUCGACCAAUCAGAAUUACAGUCGACUCAGCACGUAUCGACCAAUAAGUUGACCAGUCAACUAGGACUCUACAGCCCUAGUUUUUGCUCAUUUGUAUCAGCUGCUUUUCUUGGUCUUUUUUGACAGGACAUUGGGAGUCUUUGGGGUUUAGAUUUUUGGUUCAACAAAGGAAACUUAUUUUCAAGAGAUAUUAGUUUGGGAGGUUGUGAUAAGCAUGACUUAUUUCAUUUAUUUUUCUAAAGUAAAAAGUGAAAAUGAUCCAAACAUUAGUCCAGAAUAAAAUAACACUUUGGGGCUGGAUCAUUGGGGAAGAUUCUAAAUUAGAUAAACAUCCUCACUCUACAUUAAUCACCUUCACUUCCCGGCUACAGGCUGAUGUAAAAUAUUUGAAUUGUAAUCAUUAGUUUCUACAGUUUUAGAGAUAUUCCCUCUUAUUCUCUGGUUGCUCAUGCUUUCAUAGCUACAGAGUCUCACCAACCUCCUUGGGGGACGAAUAAACAUUCAGUGGAACGUUUCAGUCACAGUCAAGUUAAAACGGCAGUCUUAUUUGUUAUAAUUGACAUCAAAAUAAGGAUGUCUGGGGAAUUUUACAUGAAAGAAAGUGAACAGGACUUCUGCACGAGUGUUUCUUAUUUAGCUUUUUUUCUUCUUUGACACCUUAAAACAGAACUGAGAUAAAGGCCACAACUUUCAACAUUGUUUUUUGCUCUCACCACUUUAUGAAUAAAGUCACUCAGUAGCUCUCAACAACUGAGAGAAGAACUCACCAGCUCUGCUUCUGUGGCCUGGAUUUCAGGACAGGAUCCUGCUCCACUUUUUCCCAUUAGAGAAAGUUGUAGCCCAGUAGCUCCUCAGGCUGCUCUCACAUCUGCGCCUGAUAACCACCAUUAUCUCUUGAGAUGGAAAAUAUUUUCCUGACAUGAAUACCUGACACUGUUUGCCUCCUUGCUUGUUGAAGCCACCGCGAGAACAGCACCCUCUGGUGACGGGCUGCAGUAUAGGUCAUAAAUCCCUCCUCCUCCGGCAAUCCUUAUGGAGCUGUGGACAAACUUCAAAAAUGUAUUACACAGAAUAUAAUUUUUUCUAUGACUGACACUUGAUACAGCCUAUGGGUGUGCGAAGAUUGCUAUUGUUAGAGAAUUUCAACCAAUCAAAAUCAAGUGUUGAUCGUGACGGGUGAUGAUUGCUUUUAAAUAACUGGGAAUCACUCAUUGUCCUCAUGAUAAUAAUUUUGGUUGAAGGGGAGAUUCAGGGAACGGUUCAUCGGCGCCUCCUCGAGGACCGAGUGGAGGAUCUGAAGGUGGGAGCGGUGCUGCUACUUAAACAAGUAGGUCUCCUGUUGAAAAUAGUCACUCUUGAAUAUAUUUUUGAGUUCAGAUUGGUUUCAGAUUCUUUAAAAGUGUGUGCUUUGUGUCUCUGUGGACAGGUGGGUGUGUUUUCCCCCUCCCAUCGUAACCACUACCUGAACGUGACACCUAACAACCUGCUGAGGAUCUACGCUCCUGAUGGAGUCAGUCUGUCCUCCUCUCAGCUCCCCCCAGUGUCCCUGGUGAGAACUACAUCUGUGGACAGGGAACAAGAAUAAAAGAGAGAGAAUUCAAAAACAGGUUAAAUCUCUUCGGCUGUCCCUUCAGAGUGUUGCUGAUUUUCUGUUUCCUUCAAGGAGCCCAUGUUGCUGUCACCUGCUCGCUCCCGCAGCAUCAGCCGGGAGCCUGUGUCGCGGAUGCACCUGAUGUUCGAUGAGGAAGACGAUGAGGGACAGGAGGGAGGCAAAGACUUUGGACCCCCAGCAGACACAGGUGCUGGCUCCAGCAAAGGCCCCCAAGAGGCUGCUGGAGCAGCAGAGGACUCAGGCUGGGAUGCAGGUGGGGCCCUUCAAAUGGAAAAAACACUCUUGAUUCAAGAAAGAAGAAUUUUUGUUGCUCACUUCUAAAGAAAUUCACACUUUUUGACAUUUUUAACUAAAACAGCAUCUUGAAUUCAAGUCCCUUACUCUGAUAAGCAGCUAACUAACAAUUUGUCAUCUCCUCUUGUGCUUUGAAACCAUUUCAGUCCUCUCUGCCACAGCAGUGAACUUAUUCCAGAGAAGCAACAGAAAUUUAGGCUCUUUUCGUGAUCCAGAUCCUUUGGCUCAGCUAGAACCAGCUCUCCCCACUCCCAAAGGGCUCUAUAUGGCAUCAUCGUUUAAGAGCUGGCUUUUCAGUCCGAGGCAUUUGUGACUGUCACAUCACUGUUUCAGAGGUCCUAAUAUCCCUCCAUUAGUCUAUCAGUUAAAAAUGUCCUCCACCAUUUAAACACCGACAUUUAACACCUCCAAGGCAGGAAUGAUUUUAUGGCUUUGACAUUUUACUGCCUCAUCUGCAGAUCACAAAUCUCCCUCAGACGUCUUAGAAAAAAUAAGACAAGACUUUCUCUUCACUGAAGCUCCAUUUUUUGGAUAAGAUUUGCACAAAUCCAGAAAGAGUUCCAGGUAAAGGUACAUGUGUACUAACAUGGCAGGGUGAGCAAACAUGUGGAAGCCUGGUGAAAUCAGAGUUCAGCUUCUGUUCAUAUAAAGAGCUGUGGGGCAGGAGGGCGGGUGGCUUGUCCACUGAUCAUGAGUGGCCUCUUUGGUCCCCAGCUCCUACUGUGAGCCUAGAUAAGACUCUGAAACCCAUUCUGUGUGCCUAGGAUUACUGUGAUGUAAAUGCAGCUGAUUAACUGUAAGAAACUUUCACCACAGGAACUUUUACAACCACGCUUUCUGACAGAUUGGUUGAAGAAUCUUUCACACCUGCACUGAGAUUUUUUCCUUUCACCGAUAGCUUAUACAGUUGAGGUUCAAGCCAGCAAACUAAAGACACUCUGGUUUUCUGUCAGUUCUGUAGAGUCUCCUCUUUUCCCGGGGGUCUGUUGUCCAGUAACAACAAAGAUGAACAAAAAAUAAACACAACUUCUCUUCUGUAUGUUUCUUUUUUAGAGAACAGUUUACUUUCAUGUGUUGCAUUGAAAAAAUAGAUGAAUUUAAAAAAAAAACUGCCCAAACAUGAAAGUGGCAAAAUAAGAAUAACUCUACAAUGACACAGGUAGCACAAUAAAGAACGGCAUGGCUAUGAAAACUAAAAAGGCAGACCUGGCUUGAUUUAAAAUACUCUUCAGUCAUCGGGAAUCAGCUGUUAGCAUAGACAUUAGCAUGAAUGUGCCAGAAAUCAAGACCUCAGACUGUUUGUCCCCCCACAUAAGGAUGAGUGUAUUUGUCAAUGCCAAAUAUUUGGCAUUGCUUUUUCACUUAUUUUGCCAGUGUAAAGGUCGUUACACACCGGCGAAUUACGUGAAAAAGCAAUGCCAAAUAUUUGGCUUGCACCAGAAACAAUGACGAUAACAUCCUCAAGUGAUGAUGACCUGGUCAUGGUUGUAAGCCUAUUAGAUAACAAGAAAAAGAAGAAUCAAAGUGUCUGGGUACAUCCAAUACUGACCUUGCGACAGGAGAUGGGGGAGCUCCACACAACAAGCCAGGAGCUCAAAUUGUAUCCUGAGAAAUUCAGACAAUUCUUCGGGCAAUUUCAGCCGGUGUGGAAGCUUGCAUUGACUUUAUGAAGUUUAAAAAAAAGCAGAUUAUUUGCUUCGCAACUUCACUUCGCUAAUCCGCCGGUGUGCAAAGACCAUCAGUCUUACAGUAUGAUCUUGACGUAAGUUGCACACAUACUCAUGUUCUUUUGUGUGUCUUUGUGUGUUUUGUGCAGAUGAUGACCUGGAUGAUCUUCUGGGAGAACUACCUGAGGACACCUACAGCCUCUGAUAUCAUUUUCCUGAUCGAUUAUUCUGCAGUUACUUGAUUUAUUUUCUCUCUGCUUUCUCACUCUAGAGUUUGUCUUUUUAUAUAUGUUGUAAAGAUGUUUUUGACACCCACUUCAUUGACACAAUAGAGAAGAGAUCAUUUGUGUGGCUGCUUUGUCGUUGCUUUACAUCACUGAUGAUGGAUAGAUGACAGAAUGCUGUAGUUACUUUCAUCAUUUAUAAAGUACUGAACUCCAAGGAUUAGCUCUCUCUUUCUCUCUCUCUCCCUCACUGGCUCAGGAUUGUGUUUGUGUUGUGUAUUUAGGAUUUAGCCCCCUCUUCCUCUUCUUUACAUUCUCAUCCAUCGUUGCACUUUCCUUCAGUGACUUUGAAAAGCAGGGCUCAUCCGAACAGCAUUGAUUAUCUAAUUAUGCAGAAUGAAAACAAGAUGAAGCGUCUGCGUCUUCCUCUCCGUUUUUUUGUCCUUGUCCUCUACUUUCAGUCCUCCAGCUGCAGCUGAUAAACUCUAACCCCAGCCUGUUUGCCAUGCAUUAAGAGGUGUAUCAGAGGGUUCCAGGCAGGGAUUGCAGGGCAGCGGUCCCGUGUGAUUUUACUGACCAAAAUACUGUUUACCCAGCCCUGUCUGCAGAAAGCCAGAGCCAUCAGGGUGCAGUCUCAGUGUGACUAACAGGCUCUUUACUGUAUGGAGGCUUUCCCAAUAGGAUCUGAGACCCACAUCCAGACUCCUUUACCACCUCUGCCUCACAGACUCAGGGUAAUCCUCUACGCCUUUUUGCAGUUAGUGUUUAAUCAGCCACUUAAACUGCCUGUUUGUGUCUUAAAGACAAAAUAUGGGAACAAUAUUGCAUUUCUUUGUUUUUGCCUCGCUUCUGUUUCUCAAAAAAAAAAAAAAAAAAUUACAUUACUGACUGUAAAUAUUUGAACAGCGGGACAUUUUCUGUUGUUUUGGCUGCAUACUCCUGUCUGCUAUAUUGGUACUUAAAUAACACUGUUCAGCCACUCUGUGGGUAAAGUGCUGCUGACUCCAGCCUCAAAUUAAAGUCAUAUUCAUUCUUUGUUUAGCUUGAAAAAA